AUGGUCGUUGCGCGGCCGGGAUUUUUGGUUCUUGCUCACAAACGCCUUUUUCUCAGCAAUUUUUGGUCUCGUUGCAGUUACUCUACAGCCCAUAAGUACCAGGAUUUUCUAGAGCGCCGUAAAAUGGAAGCAAACGCAAUCGCUCGUCCCGAUCCGGUGUUGAUGAAAAUAGAUACUCCCGAAUUCCAAUCCAUCUUCACGCAGGAACUGAAGGACCUUAUCGCCUUAUUCAAGCGGUACAACUACGAAAUUCGUAUAGCAGGAGGAGCGGUUCGAGACAUCCUGAUGAACAUCAAUCCGAAGGAUGUCGAUAUUGCCACGACGGCAACGCCAACUCAAAUGAAGGAACUAUUUACAACGGAAAACAUCCGGAUGGUGAACAUGAACGGCGAAAAACACGGAACCAUCACACCGCGCAUUAACGACAAGGAGUGCUUCGAGAUAACAACCUUACGUGUGGACGUCGUCACCGAUGGACGCCACGCUGAGGUAGUGCAUACCACAGAUUGGCUUUUGGAUGCGAAUAGGAGAGACCUCACCAUAAACUCUAUGUUUCUCGGAUUCGAUGGAACGCUUUAUGAUUACUUCUACGGAUACGAAGACCUACAGAAGCGGCGCGUAGCAUUUGUGGGUGAUCCAGAUAAGCGCAUCAAAGAGGACUACCUUCGCAUCCUUCGCUAUUUUCGAUUCUACGGGCGGAUAGCAGAAUGCGCCAACCGGCACGAUGCCGAAACGUUGCGUAUCAUCACCACCAAUGCUACUGGGCUUGCCAAAAUCAGUGGCGAAAGGAUUUGGCAAGAGUGGAAAAAGAUUCUUACCGGCAACUUCGGUACCGAGUUGACCACCGAGAUGAUCAAGUGCGAUCUCGCGGUGCACUGCGGCCUACCAGAAACACCAAAUGUAGACGAAUUCACGCGUGUAUCUGCAAACGUGCGGUCCUUUGGUGGAAAGCUGGAACCGAUGACACUCGUGGCCGCUUUGCUUCACACACAGGAAGAUGCCAUUCACCUUAACAGUCGAUUGAAGCUGACCGUUUUCGAACGUGAGCUAAUCUACUUUAUUACACAAAAUCGGGAUGAAGCUGCCACCAUCGAGGAGCUACGCCCCUUUCAACAGCUAUGUCUACGGACGAUCGGGAACGCAAAGCUUAAGAAAGAGUACGUGCUGGAACUUUUGAAGUAUCUCGGUAAACGCGACAUGCACCGUAAACUGUUCGAAUGGCCGUUGCCCGUGUUUCCGGUGAAAGGACAUGUCCUGCUAGCAAACGGAGCACCGAAGGGUCCGAAGCUUGGUCUAGUGAUGGAUCGGUUGAAGGUGAUAUGGUCCAACAAUGAAUACAAUAUGUCCGAGGAGGAAAUAUUGAAACAUCUACCCGCUGUGCUAGAAGAAAUUGAAAAACCGAAAUAGAAUUCUGAAUACAACUUUUGAAUCGAUUGCUACUA